GAAUCGCACCAUGCCACCUAACAGCACACCCUUAGCUUUUGUUCCUUCUUCUUUCUCUCUGAGUUUGUCCUCAAACAACCUUAACAAGGCAACAGAAUCUACCCUUUGAACUUGCAACAAUUCUCAUGGUACUUCAGACUCUGAUUCUUUGAGUGCCUCACUACAGAGUCUGUGAUAUACGAAGAAUUAUGCUAUGGAGGCCCUCAAUGCUGCAUCCUUGACCCCUCUAUCUGUGCUUUCUGAUAGAAGAACAGAACCCAGAAAAUUCUCAUCACUGCCCACAAUUUCUGCAUGCAAAGUCUCAAACUUUUCUUCCUUUAGCAACAAGAAACACACGGUGUUGCAAAGUUGCUUAUCAACAGGUUUUCAUGGAGGGUUAUUUCUUGCAGCUUCAGUUGUGAAUGUUGGAGUUGCCACUGCUCUAACAUAUGAGGAAGCACUUGGGCAAUCUGUAGGUUUCCCUAGUGGUGGAGACUUUGAUGUGAAUGGGUUUGUGGACAGUGUUAUCACCUUUGCAUCUGAGAACCCUGCAAUUGUUGCUGGAGGAGUGGCUGUUUUGGCAGUGCCAUUGGUUUUGUCUCAGAUUCUUAAGAAGCCUAAGCCAUGGGGUGUUGAGUCAGCAAAAAAUGCAUAUGCAAAGCUUGGUGCUGAUGGGAAUGCUCAGUUGCUUGAUAUCAGAGCAUUGGCUGAGAUUAGGCAGGUGGGUGCACCUAAUGUUGGGGGUCUGAGGAAGAAACCAGUGUCAAUUCCUUAUAAGGGUGAUGAUAAACCAGGGUUCCUAAGGAAGCUUGCUUUGAAGUUUAAGGAACCAGAGAAUACCACAUUGUUCAUUCUUGACAAAUUUGAUGGGAACUCUGAACUGGUUGCAGAGUUGGUCACCAUUAACGGAUUCAAAGCUGCUUAUGCAAUUAAGGAUGGUGCAGAAGGACCACGAGGAUGGAUUAAAAGUGGUCUCCCUUGGGUGGCACCGAGGAAAGCUUUGGGUUUGGAUUUAGGCAAUAUAACAGAUGCUAUCGCCGAUGCAAUUGGAGAUACCUCUGAUGGCGUGGCUGUUACUCUUGGGAUUGUUGCAGCUGCAACUGGACUGAGUCUAUUAGCUUUUUCUGAGGUAGAAUCAAUUCUCCAAGUCGUAGGAUCAGCCGCAAUCAUUCAGUUUGCAAGCAAGAAGCUUCUGUUUGCUAAGGACCGAAAGCAAACACUGCAACAACUUGAUGAGUUCUUGAACACCAAGAUUGCCCCUAAAGAGCUUGUUGAUGAAAUGAAGGAUAUUGGAAAGGCCCUUCUACCAACCUCCACCGAUAAUAAGGCUCUUCCUUCUCCAAAAGCUGAUAACCCUGUGCAGAAAGCAGAUGUAGCAGCAGCAACACCUGCUCCUGAAAUAAACUCAGUGCCCAAAGCUGAAGUUAAGGCAGAAUCACUUCCUGUGCAACCAAAGCCACUUUCACCAUACCCAUACUAUCCAGAUUUCAAGCCUCCAACAUCUCCUACCCCUUCACAGCCCUAGAGGUUCACUUUUUCUAAUCUUGAAGAAAAUUCCAUAGAAGGCAAAUCAAUUGUCAGAAUAUCCAGCACGUAUCAAGAGCUAUACAAUACUACAAUCCAUUAUCCUUUUAGAAAGUCUUCAACUUCCAUGCAUCUGAUCCAUGACAUAAGUUGUAUAAUUUCAUAGUCUGUUAUGAUUAUCCUAUCACUUGUGCUACUCAGUACACUUUUGUAAUUGAUGGGUGUGUUGUAGAAGUAGCUAUCAAGUUAACAUUGUAUUGAAAGUAGUUAUUUUGAGAUAUAGUAUAACAUUCAAUCCUUCAGUUUUGGAGUAAGCAAAUAAGAUUCUAUAUAUUGAAUUCUGCCACUGUACCAAUUCAU